UUUUAGUUCUCCAUUUUCUAGUGUGAAUUUGAAAACGAACGAGGAAGUGCACAGAGUCACGGAAGCACCAUAGUGAGGCUCACCGCAGCUCAAUUCACAAGGCCGAAACUACCAUCAGUGACAGCCAUGGCUGAACCAGCUGUAUACGCGCAAACCACAGAGCCUGCCUUGACUACUACUAAACCCUGCUGUAGUAUUCGUGGUCUUGGGAUGAAGCGUCUGAUAUUUAAAGUCUCACAGCUGGUUCUCUCCUUUGUGGCUUUUUUAUGUGAAGAGUUGAUUAACGAAUGUGAAAAUUGUGGCGGACUCUACUUCUUUGAGUUUGUGAGCUGCAGUGCGUUCCUACUUGCUGUUCUUAUUUUGAUUGUAUACUGCACUCCACUACAUGACAAAUUUAAGCCUUUAGAUCUUAUAAAUCCUUGGGUUGUGCUUGGGACUGGUUUAUUAUUCCUAAUUGCAUCAAUUGUGUUUGCUGCAACUAAGGACAAUAUAACAUUGGCAAGUGUGUCUGUGGCCUUUGGCUUUCUAGCAAGUUUUGCAUUUCUGUUUGAGUUUCUACUGAUUUUUUUGGAACGUCGCUCUGCCAAAAAGGAACCAAAUAACAUGAAACCAGAAAAUGAACCACUAAAAACACCAACUCAAGUUGAAGGUUCACCAGCGGAGACUGCUUAGCCAACAAGAUGCACUCUGCUGUUCUUCUUUACAGCCAAACAUCCACUCAGUUACCUAUUUUUACUGUCUUUGAGAAUCAGACAACUAUUAAUCAUCAGUAUCCACUGGCUAAAAUGUAAACAUAAUGCAAUUUGUGCAAUACUUUAAUAGGGAAUUAACUUUACUAAUUUGUGAGCCCUUGUGUUAAGGAACUUGUGUGCGGAUAUUUUCAUCCCAAUGAAUAUAAUGAAUGAUCAAUUUGAUUCUAGAAAUUAAGGUUGACAAAAGCCUAGUGCUAUUGAUACCAUUGAAUUUAAAGUCUGAUCGCUACAAAUCACAAAAUGUAUGGAAAUAAGAAAUAACACAUGAAAAUAAUUAUUUUAAUUACAAAUGUGGGUUUUUUAAUACACUGAAAUAAACAUUUAAUGUGAAACACAUCAAAAAUAAUGUUAAAGAAAACUAACAUUCUAUAAAAUUAACCAUAUAGUGUAGGGGGUUAUCAUUUAUUCUGUAAUCUGUUACAUAUUAGUUUAUAACCAUUUACAAGAAACCAUAUUAAGAUUUGUGGUAUUUAGGUUUUAUGCCGCCGUUUAAAAUCUUCUGUUGUACUUUUAGACUUUUUUACACAUGGGGUAGUCAACAUAAAAGCAAAUACAAUAUACUUUUAUAGGCUUGAACCUAGUUGUCCUCUGUAUACAUAACCUCUUGCUGUAACUUUAAUCCCACCAUUGGGUCAGUGUUGUUUUACCUUGAUUAUCCUGUUCAAAAGUACUUUUUUAUUUGAAGAUGACAACUCAAAAUAAACACCACAGGAUCUGUACAGUUUGACGUAAAGGUGAUAAACUGGAGAUAGAUAACCCAGUCCUCCAUGUAUACAGUGACAUUAUUUGAAAAUGAAAUGCAUUUUUACAUAAGUUUUAAAGACGGCUUAAAUUUAAACACAUUGUUGAGUUCCUUCCAGUUGUAAACCUAUGGAAAAUGUAUAUGUAGAAUACUGCUAUUUUUAACUGUAUUAUACAUUUUCUUAUUAUUCUAUGAAUAUUAUUCUA